AUGCAGGAAACUGCUGCUGCUGCAGCAGCAGCAGCAGCAGCAGCAGCAGCUGCUGCAGCGCCAGCGAAUGCUGCAGCAGCAGAAGCUGUAGCAGCAGAUGCAACAGGAGCUGCUGCUGCUGCUGCAGCAGAAGCUCCCGCUGCAGCAGCAGCUGCUGCAGCAGCUGCAGCAGCAGCUGCUGCUAGCCAGGGGCCCCACAUCUUUGCUUCCUUCACAGCUGCCUAUACACCCGAUUGUGUUGAGUCCUGGAGCCAGCAUGCUGCCUCUUGUCUUGCCCGUCGUUCUGCUGCUGCUGCUGCUUCUGCUGCUGCUGCUGCUGCUGCAGCAACAGCAGCAGCAGAAACAACCGCGGAAGAUCCGUUACUGGCUGCAGGAGACGAACGCCGCAGCAACAGAAGCAGCAGCAGCAGCUGCAGCAGCAGCAGCAGCAGCAACAGCAGGAGCAGCAGCAGCAGCAACAGCAGCAGCAGCAGCAGCAGCAGCAGCGAUCUGUUUGUUGUGGGGAUGUAUCAGUACGAGGAGACCACCAAGCUUCGGCGGGGUGGACUUUCUUUCUUUAGCCUGCAGCAGCAGCAGCAGCAGCAGCAGCAGAAUGCAGCAGCAGCAGCAGCAGCAGCAGCACCUUCUGUUCGCUGUCUUCUAGAAUAUUCAACAGACUUCGGGUGUCUAGACACCCGGUGGCUGUGUGCUGCAGGUGGCUGCUGCUGCUGCAGCAGCAGCAGCAGCAACGACGGGCUCCCCUUAGAGUUUGAUUCUCUGUUGGCCGUCAUCGGCUCUGACUGCGCCCUGCAUGCAUUUCGGGUGUCUAGACACCCCAAAGACGAGGAGGAAGACAGCAGCAGCAGCAGCAGCAACAGCAGCAGCAGCAGCAGCCUCAGCUGCAGUGCUGCAGCUCGUGUGCCGCUGCUGCUGUCACCAGGCAGAGACCACAUAGGACUGAGUCUGGACCCUCUCCAUGAGCAGCCCCAGAAGGCUCACGACGCCGAGGCCUGGGCUGUGGCUGUGAGCCCGAGCUCAGGCGGCAACAUCAUCGCCACCGGUCGUUUUGCUGCUGCUGCAGUUAUUGGGCCGAUGACUGCAUGCUGCGCCUGUGGGAUAUUCGGGGCUGCUGCGAUACCGCCGCAGCAGAAGCAUGCAGCAGGGCAACAGCAACAGCAGCAGCAGCAGCAGCAACAGCAGCAGCAGCAGCAACAGCAGCAGCAGCAGCAGCUGCUGCUGCUGCUGCUGCUGCUAGAGACACUGCCCCUGCAGCAGUACUACUGCGGACGCAACCUGUAUGCUGUUUCUGUUGUGCAUAUGGAGCUGUAUGUACACCCGAGAAGCAUGCAGCAGGAGCAGCAGCAGCAGCAGGAGCAGCAGCAGCAGGAGCAGCAGCAGGAGCAGCAGCAGGAGCAGCAGCAGCAGCAGAUCCCCCUGUCUGCAUGCACAGAACAGCAGCAGCCACACGAUGGGGGUCACCUGCUUGUCUUUCUCUCCCCUUCAUUCUUUUUUGCUGCUGACAGGAAGUUGCUGCUGCUGCUGCUCCAGCAGCAGCAGCAGCAGCAGCACCAGCCGCUGGUGCUUCCGCUACAGCAGCUGCAGCAAGUGGUGCUACUGCUGCUGCUCCUGCUGCAGCAAGUGGCACUGCAGCAGCAGCAGCAGCAGCAGCAGCAGCAGCAGCAGCAGCGGCAGCACCAGCCGCUGGUGCUUCCGCUACAGCAGCUGCAGCAAGUGGUGCUACUGCUGCUGCUCCUGCAGCAGCAAGUGGCACUGCAGCAGCAGCAGCAGCAGCAGCAGCAGCAGCAGAGCUCAGCAGCACCAGCGUUGUGUUUUCUUUGUUCUGGUGUCUCCGGAGACAGAGCGGGGGGACAGCUGCUGCAUGGGCUGCGGUGA